AGCUCCUCCCUCCCCCCGCCUGAACCUCCACAGCGCUCAGCGGAACCAAAAUGCGAGGAGCCGCGAGGGGAGGGGACGCCGAAGCGGGAGAGGAGCCAGAGGAGACAUGAGCAGCACUAAGGACGUGACCUGCAGGUAUUUUAUGCAAGGGGUAUGCCGUGAAGGAAGUAGGUGCUUAUUUUCCCAUGACUUGUCUACAAGCAAACCAUCUACUAUCUGCAAGUUCUACCAGAAAGGGCAGUGUGCCUAUGGAACUCGCUGCAGAUAUGAUCACGUUAGACCUCCUGCAUCUGCUGCAUCAAGUGGCGUAGUGGGUCCUAGGACGCUUUACGCAGCUGCACCACCAUUCCACAGCCUUAACUCUCCACUGGAGCAAAAUACACCUGUAAUCAAAAGUAAAGUACAUGAGCCUGGAAAACGUGAAAAGAAAACAUUAGUGCUCAGGGAUAGAGAUUUAUGUGGAUCGAAUGAGGAAAGGACAAGAUCCAGCACUGUGAGUGAUUCAGCCUGUUGUAGUGUCCAGAGUGAUACCCCAGAAAUAAAGCCUCAUUCAUACUUGGAUGCUAUCCGCAGCGGGCUUGAAGAAGAUGUUGUUGACCCUGGAAGGUCAUACGCCGAUGGUGAACAGCUGUGUCCCUAUGCGGCAGCUGGCAUGUGCCAAUUUGGUGACCAGUGUCUCUACCUCCAUGGGCAAGUGUGUGAAAUCUGUGGGUUGCAAGUACUUCAUCCCUUUGACCCAGAACAGAGGAAGUUGCAUGAGAAGAUGUGCAUGGCUACAUUUGAACAGGAGAUGGAGAAGGCCUUUGCCUUUCAGGCAAGUCAGGACAAGGUAUGCAGUAUCUGCAUGGAAGUGGUGUAUGACAAACCAUCGGCAUCCGAAAGAAGAUUUGGCAUCCUUUCUAACUGCAAUCACACAUACUGUUUAUCCUGUAUCCGACAGUGGAGGGGUGUCAAGCAGUUUGAGAAUCCCAUCAUAAAGUCCUGUCCAGAAUGCCGUGUGAUCUCAGAGUUUGUAAUUCCGAGUGUGUAUUGGGUAGAAGACCAGACCAAAAAGAAUGAGCUGAUUGAAGCAUUUAAGCAGGGGGUGGGGAGAAAGGCCUGCAAGUAUUUUGAGCAAGGGAAGGGGACCUGCCCCUUUGGGGGGAAGUGUCUGUACCUCCAUGCCUAUCCAGAUGGGAGACGAGCUGAACCAGAAAAACCACGGAAGCAGCUUAGCUCUGAGGGCACGGUCCGGUUCCUCAACUCUGUUCGCCUGUGGGACUUCAUUGAAGACCGAGAAAACAGGACGCUCCCCGUUGCAGAUGAUGACGUGACGGAGAUUGGAGAGCUUUUUAUGCAUCUUUCUGGAGCAGAUGCUGGACCGGCUGCUCCACCCUAGGAUACCACAGGAUCUCUCCCACGUUCUCGCCUGUCGAUCCUUCUGUUUCUUAAAUAACUUUAUACUAUUUACCGCAAUAUUAGAAUAACUGCCAUGGAAAUUGAGGUCCUGGUGAAAUUCUAGUAUGAGUCUGUCACUGUAGAACAAAACUUCUGAAGCGUAAUAAAAGGAGUGCUUGGAGGAAAGGUGGUAGAUGUAAUCCCAAAGAGAGGAGGAACCUCUGUUUUUCUAACACAGGACAGCAAUAUGCUCCCUAGUUUAAUUGAAAACUUUUGAUUUUAUUAAAAAAUGUGCUGCUUUCCGACUGCAGGUAAAACCAAGUAGAGACAGAUUGUAUAGUGUUUUAAGUAUCAUCAUAUGAUUAAUAAAGGCAGGUGGAACAAAUACCUAACUAGAGAAUGUGAAAUGUACCCCAGUGUAGCUUUGUUAUUAAACUCAUUUCUUGUUAAUCUUUUAAGCAAGAAUUGUCUAGGUCUUGUCAACUGAGCAAAUUUUAAAGAAAGCU